GUGGCGGUGUGGGGUAGUGUAGCGGUGGUAGCGUAGAAGAAGAAAACAAACAUCAUGGCGGCCCCCUUGGACGGCCCCGGUGGCAUGCAGAUGCUACAAUUUCUCAAACUAAUCGGACAACUAAAAAGGGUUCCUCGGACAGGCUGGGUGUACAGGAAGGUGAAGGACCCGGAAAGCGUGUCGGACCACAUGUAUCGCAUGGCCCUGAUGGCUCUGACCAUCACUGACCCCACCGUGGAUAAGGACAGGUGUAUGAAGAUGGCUCUGGUUCAUGACCUGGCCGAGUGCAUUGUGGGAGAUAUCACUCCGCUGGACAACGUGGGUAAAGCUGAGAAACACAGGCAAGAGGAGGCAGCCAUGAGGCAGCUAACAAGUUUAACGCCAGGCCGUGUUGGACAGGAGAUGUAUGGCCUGUGGGAGGAGUACGAAAACCAAAGCAGCCCCGAGGCCAGGCUGGUGAAAGAGUUUGACCGUCUGGAGAUGAUCCUGCAGGCUCACGAGUACGAAGAGAUGGAGGGAGCGCCGGGAAGACUGCAGGAGUUUUUCGACUCCACGGAAGGUCGUUUCCGACACCCGGAUGUUCUGCAGCUUGUCAGUUCUUUGAAUGACGAGAGGAGGGGUCACAUGACACGUGCAGCAAAGAACUCUGGGGAGUCACAGCCAGACCCCACUGCACACACUUUAUGACCUAAUUGUAUAGAUUAGAAGAGUAUGUUUUCCUUUAACAUAUUUAAAGUUAUCUUCUUAAGACGACCACAUAAUUAAGGAAACUCACUUUAGAAAUUAACUAAAAAGAACAAAAGUGCCACAAUGUUGUCCUUCCCCCGUGUUGUAACGCACGACUAGCUAGUUCUUUUUGUAUGGGACCAUACAUUCUAACACGAGGACCGCCUGUAUUGAUACAUUACAUCAAAUUAGUCAAGAAAGUCAUUGGAAUUCCACACAUUUACUAUGUCAGCUUUUGGAACUAUUAUAGAAAACAAGUCCUGAGUUUCAUUUUUAUUUCAGCUCAACAUGUGAGAGGCCUUCAAAUGUUGACAUGUCAAUAAAUCUCAAACCACAACAAACAAUAUGAAAGGUGUGACAAACUUUAAAAAGUUGCUUCUAAUAGCACAUGUUGGGUUUUUUGUUACCUUAAAAGAGCUUGGAUUCUUAGAAAUAAAUAAAACCAGGGAGCUUUUUCCCCCCUCUUUAGCACCAUUGAAUUAUUCAGAGUGCUUAUUUGGAUUUCUCUAAAUUCAUUGUGCAGGUACAGCUUGUCCGCUUGGCUUGAAAACACGAUCCAGCAUUCAAAUGUCAUACAGCAGCAGCAAUGUGUUAGUAUUGGAGUAUUUUCAUAUAACAUCAUA